CGGACUGCUGUCUAUCCGCCAUCUUGUUCAUUUCACUCGCUCAACAUGGCGGCUCAGACCGUUCUCUCGGUCGGGGUGUUUCCUGUCGGUGUUUCCCUGGCAGAGGCUCAGGGUCUCAGUGACAUGCCCAGGGAUAUGAUGCCCGCCCCUCAGCUGGUGAUGCUGGCCAACGUGGCUGCGGUGGCGGAGAGCGGCGGCGGAGACAGCAGUGUGGCAGAUGAGAAGGAAAUGGUGGAGCUGAAAACUGUAGGAUGCAGCUAUUCAGACAGCGAGGACGAGAAUGUCAUCAGGUACAGCUAUGACAACCAGAACCGCCAGGAGGUCUGCAUCGUCGAGUAUCCAGAGUCUCCGAACCCAGCAACCGAGCUCGCCACCUGUGGAGACCACAAAGACGAUGGACAAGGACGCACAGCUGAAGGCCAACCUCCUCCCUCUAAGCCCUGUGCCUCCACCUGCAACAAGACACCGGAGCCGAGCACCAAACGUAAAGAUGGGCCCCUCGCUGCCCCAGAUGGUGUGCAGAGGAAGAAGCCGUUCUGUUGCAAACCGUGCCACUUCCAGGCGCAGAACGAGCAGGAGUUCGUGGAUCACCUGAGCACGCACAGUGUCAGCAAGAUGCUGGUGGUCAACCAAGUGGAGGGGCGGAGCAAGAGCAAGGGUAAGGAGACAGAAACACCUGAGGCCCAGGCUCAGACAGGUGAGGGCAGCGGCGAGGCAGCAACAACGGGAGACAGUAAAGGGCUGAUCAGGUGUGAGCGCUGCGGCUACAACACCAAUCGCUACGAUCACUACAUCGCUCACCUGAAACACCACAGCAAGGAGGGCGACAACCACAGGGUUUUUAAGUGCACACUCUGUGCAUACACCACCGUCAGCCAGUAUCAUUGGAGGAAACACCUGAGGAAUCACUUCCCCAGCAAACUGCACACCUGCAGCCAGUGUUCCUACUUCUCCGACCGCAAAAGCAACUACAUCCAACACAUUCGCACGCACACAGGUGUGCGUCCCUUCCAGUGCCUGUACUGUGACUACUCGAGCUCUCAGAAGACUCACCUGACCCGACACAUGAGGACUCACUCAGGUGAGCGGCCUUUCAAGUGUGACAGCUGUAGCUACCUGGCAGCCAAUCAGCACGAGGUGACGCGCCACGCCCGCCAGGUUCACAAUGGGCCCAAACCUCUUUCCUGUCCGUUCUGUGAGUACAAGACCGCGGACCGCAGCAACUUCAAGAAGCAUGUGGAGCUCCACCUGAACCCUCGGCAGUUCCUCUGUCCGCUCUGCAAGUACGCCGCCUCCAAGAAGUGCAACCUGCAGUACCACAUCAAGUCCCGACACUCCGGCUGCAACGUGGACCUGGAUGUGUCCAAAGUCAAGCUGCGUAUUAAGAAACCCAGUCCUGAUGGUGCGGACGAAUACUCUGACUCCAAAAGAAACAAGUUGGAUAACCAAUCCAGUACCCGGGAGGACAUGGAUGAAGAGGAGGAUGAGGAUGACGACUCAAGCCCCAUCAAUUUGUCAGUCAGGAAGAGCAGCGUUGACCAAACGUCACAGAGCAAUACUCCAUACAGGGCUGCGAAGACACCAAGCAUCACAUCUGAGAAGGAGAAACCACCAAAGGUCAAAGAGGCUGAGAAAAAGGUCACAACGAGGCAGAAGAAGGUCAAAGAGCGUCCCACAGAGAACCAAAACUUUACAGAAGUCCAGACAAAAGUUGGAAACAUUGGCAGCAAGGCAAAGAAACGAGCCAAGAGGCUUCCAGCUGAGAAAACAAACGUCCAGGACCAAACAGAGGAACCCAAAUCCCUUAAAGGCCAAGCAGAGAAGGAAAGUUCUGACCCGCAGCCACCGGAAGAAACAAACUCUAUGAAGAAACUAAAGCUCACACCUGAACCGAAACCAGCUCAGAAGAAUCAUAACAAAACCCUCAGUAAGUCCAGGAAGUCUGGGUCUAAGAGGUCUAAGAAGACUCCUGGACCUGCCAAAGAAGCUUCCAACAGUUCUGACAAAACAGAAAAGGAGGUCAAAGAAAAACCUGCAAAGAGAAAAAGAACAGAGGCUUUGGAUCUUUCCCAAACAUUAUCCAAGACCAGGCGUCUGAAAGCUCCAGCCACUGAGAAACUGCAGUCCAAACCUUCAGUUGAUAACACUGACAACAUCCACGAGUCCGGUCCAACAAGAACAUCGCCUGUCAAGCAGCACAAGACCAGAACCUCUAGCAGGAAAGCCUCAGGCCUGCCUCAAGCUGUAGGUUCAAAGAAAGACCAGACAACUUCUGUCGUCAGUGGUUCCUUAGAGCCCCUGGAAAGUUCUGAUCCACACACUGCCAAGUCAACUGGAACCAGUCCUGCUCAAACAGUUUCCUCCACAGAUAAAGUGACUCCGCCCGAACCUGAACCCAGUCUUCCUGAACAGACCAACAGUUCUGAGCCCGACUCAUCGUCCAAAGUCCAGCACAGCCCAACCUUCAUCAAACCCUCACUGCCACCUCCUCUAGUGCUUCCAGGCCAGCGCAGCAAACCGACAGAGCCCGAAGAUGAUGAGGGUAUCCACAGCAGCCACGAAGGAGGAAGUGACAUCAGCGACGUUGCCUCAGAAGGCAGCGAUGACUCUGGCCUCAACGGUGUUGGCCCGGCUAAAAUGGCCAACGACCCUGAAACGCCCACCGACGAGAUCCCGACACCAACAGAGCUAAAGAGUCACACGUGCAUUUUCUGUGACCGCACGUUCUCUCUGGAGAUGCAGUACCGGCGCCACUUGAACCGCCACCUGGUCAACGUGUACUACCUGGACGCCACGGCUCCACGAUAAGACUUGUACCCAUGGCAACUUGAUGGUUCCUGUCUUUCACUGGGCGCUCGUUUAUUCUCCAACUCAUCAGGAUUCUCUACAAGAUGAAAUACUAACCAGAACCAGCAGAUCCAACAGGAUAUCGAACUAAGAAUCCUCUAGAA